UUCUUCAAAGAGAAAUCAAAAUGAUAUAACAAAAGCAAAGAACCUGAAAGACAGUAUAUAAACAGAGAAUCCUGACAUUUGGACCAUGCAGAAGUGUAGCAGAAAUAUAAGAGAUUCAAAGGCCAAUGUAUUAGGUGAACCGAGAUCAAAUAUUGGUGCAAGUCCAUCGCAUGGAUCAUAUGGUACUCCGGGUUCAAAAUGUUCAUCAAAAAAGCGUAGUGUUAAUAAGCAGAUGAAUGAUUUAGAUUGGAGUAGUAAAUUGAUUCAAUGUCCCGUGUAUUACCCUUCAAGAGAAGAAUUUGAGGACCCUUUAGUGUAUCUGCAGAAAGUUGCUCCAGAGGCUUCAAAAUACGGAAUUUGCAAGAUUGCAUCUCCUUUGAGUUCUUCAACUCCAGCUGGCACGGUGCUGAUGAAAGAGAAUCGAGGCUUUAAUUUCACAACGAAAGUCCAGCCACUUCGGUUAGCUAAAUGGGAUAUGAAGGACAAGGUGACCUUCUUCACCAGAAAAAAAAACUAUACCAUUCGUGAUUUUGAGAGUUUUGCAAGCAAGUCGAUGGCUGGCAGAUAUAGUAUUUCAGGAUGCCUUCCUCCAGAUUUCGUAGAAAGGGAAUUUUGGCAAGAGAUGGGAUCUGGCAAUAAGAGAACGGUUGAGUAUGGAAUUAACGUCGAGGGGACUGCUUUCUCAAAUCAUUCCAGUGAUCAGCUAGGAAGUAGUAAAUGGAACUUGAAGACACUUCCACACCUGCCAAGAUCCACAUUGCGUCUGCUGAAACAUGAAAUACCAGGGGUGUCAGAACCUAUGCUCUACAUUGGAAUGCUCUUUAGUAUGUUUGCAUGGCAUGUGGAAGAUCAUUAUUUAUACAGCAUCAAUUAUCUCCACUGUGGAGCACCAAAAACUUGGUAUGGAGUUCCUGGUCAUGCAGCUGUCGACUUUGAGAAGGUUGUCCAGCAGUACAUAUAUAAACAAGAAAUACUAUCAACUAAUGGCGAGGAUGGGGCGUUUGACUUGCUUGUGGAAAAAACAACUAUGUUUUCUCCAAAGAUCCUGCAGGAACAUAAUGUUCCUGUUUGUAAAGCUGUGCAGAUGCCAGGGGAGUUUGUUAUCACCUUCCCCAAAGCGUACCAUGCAGGAUUCAGUCACGGCUUCAAUUGUGCGGAGGCAGUAAAUUUUGCUACUGGCGACUGGUUUUCAUUUGGAGCUGCUGCAAGCCAACGUUAUUCGCUUCUAAGAAGAAUGCCUGUUGUUCAUUUUGAAGAACUUCUCUGCAAAGAAGCAAUGCUUCUGUCAAAUCAUUCAAGUGAUGAAGACAUAUCCUCUGAAGAUUUAGUUUCUGUUCGCUGUAUCAAGAUUUCCUUUGCAUGUUUAAUAAGGUUGCAUCAUCGUGCACGGUGGUGCUUAUCAAAAUUGCAGCCAUCCCUCAGCUUUUCUUUCAAUUCAAAAGGAACCAAAUUUUGCAGUAUCUGCAAACGAGAUUGUUAUGUGUCACACACAGUGUGCAGCUGUCAUACUGAUCCCGUGUGCCUUUUCCAUGAUGCUGAGGCAUUCAAAUGUGAAUGUCAGAGCAACCGUGUUCUUAAUUUAAGUAAAGAGAUAUUGGAUAUGGAAGCUCUAGCGAAAAAGUUUGAGCAGGAUGAAGAAAUAUUACAGGAUGUCGAGCAAAAGAGUAAAGAGGACAUUGAAUUGUUGAUACAGAAGACGAACCCCAGUGUCCAAGACCAGUAUAUCCCGUAUUCUGAGAUCAAGCCAGUUGAAGAACAUAUAGGUGAUAUUAAGACAUCUGGGGUCAAACAUAACUCGUCUGGAAAGCCAAAAAAAUUAUUCGGCAAGAAUACUGCUGCUGCAAAAUUCCCAGAAUACAAGGUUCAUGCAAGGCCGAACAGAGUUGAGCUUGCAGAAGAACAUGCUAGACAAGUUGCAAUUGAGGGGAAAAAGAGGCCUAGACAACUGCAGAAACCUAAAGACAAAGACAACGUACCAUUUAAUGUUGGAUGUGGAUCACAGAAAUCUCCAUCCUCUAGCGUUACCAAGCAGAUGACACUUAAUCGUCUUAACGUGUCAAAUAAAUGGAGAUUGUAG